GUGCUCGCUAUUCUUCCCGGCCGGAGCCUAACAGCUCCAUGGCCGCCGAGCUCCGCCACGGCGCCGGAGUCGAAGGGGCGCGAACGCGGCGUCAGGCUCGAGCACGUACUCAAUGCCGCCGCGUGCGCCGGUGAGACGGGCGUCCACCAUCUCCUCCUCCUGCCCGCUCCAUUGGCCAUUUCAAGUGGGACCGCACUGUCAGUGUCGAAUCAUCAAACUCCCGGAUAAGAUUUCCAAGCCGAGGGAAAGGGGAAGAGCAGAGCAGAGCAGAGGCGAUGGCCGCAACCUACUCGCUCCGCUCGAUCGUCCGAGCUCCGCCGCCUCCGCGGGGCCUCGCCGUGGCCAGGAGAGCAGUGCGCUGCUGCAGCAGCGCCGCUCCCACCGGCGCCUCCACAUCCAAGCUCGUCCUGGAGGUCAAGGAGAGGCUCCAAAGGGAGCAUCCGGGCCUCCCGACGGGGACAAGCGGCAGGGAUGACGACGAGAUGAUCCUCUGGUUCUUGAAGGACAGGAAGUUCGCCGUCGACGAAGCCGUCUCCAAGCUGGCCAAGGCCAUCAAAUGGCGUCAGGAUUUUCACGUGUCGGAAUUAUCAGAAGAAUCGGUGAAAGGGUUGUACCAAACUGGCAAGGCAUAUGUGCAUGAUUCUUUUGACAUCAACGGCAGGCCUGUGCUAGUAGUAGUCGCAGCCAAACAUUUCCCUUCUAAACAAGACCCACUUGAAAAUGAGAAGCUAUGUGCCUUUUUGGUCGAAAAGGCUUUACGUAAACUUCCCACGGGAACAGAUAACAUACUUGGAAUUUUCGAUCUUCGAGGCUUCGGUGUAGAAAAUGGUGAUCUCCAAUUCUUGAAGUUUUUGAUAGAUGUGUUCUACUAUUACUAUCCCAAGCGGCUUGGUGAAGUUCUGUUUGUGGAUGCACCAUUUGUGUUUCAGCCAAUGUGGCAGCUUGUUAAACCCCUGCUGAAACAAUAUGCCUCCUUGGUGAGGUUUUGUGAUGCCGAGACCGUGAGAAAAGAGUACUUCACAGAAGAAACCGUGCCUCCCGAUUUCCGGCGUUAGGCAUCACGAUUUCUGAAUCCUGAGCUGUCAUACUGUUAAUGGCUGGUGGCCAGAUUCUGUGGAAGGUCAGUUGAGUGCUGAUUUCCCCUGCUUCUGCCUUUCUUUGCUCGCCUGUCGGUCUAUUUUUCUCCAGCAGUAUAAAAAUCUAGGCACGGACUGGGAGCUGGAACAUGAGUAAUGCAUGACAAGGCCGAUGGAUUACGGAUUAGGGAGUGGUAGCUGAUGCUACAGCGUUGCAACCAUGGUGGUAAUGAGAGCACUCAUCUUCAUCAGAACGUGAAGGCAGGCCAUGGCCAUCCUUUGCUGGUGCCACCGCUGGAUAUGUCUCAAAAACUCUUGGCUCCGGGUUUGUUUUCAGGAAAUGUUUGAAGAUUGGAUGUUGGACAGCUAUCUUGUAUUCCCUCUGUAAAGAAAUAUAAGAGGGAGUACUAAGUUAUCGUGGGUGUAAACAGUUUGAAGAUUAUUGACGCGGAAUAACCUUUUGUAACGACUUUGUGAUAUAAAAUGGGGAGCGCCUGGACCUCCACUGACUGAGAUUUAAUUUGGUCUCAGUCAGCUGACGUUUGGUAUA